CUCAAGCCAAAAGUCUCUGCCAUAUUGUCUCGUCACUUUUUCUUGUUAUAACUUUUUUCUUAUAUUAAGUUAAGAGAGACGAUAGAUUAAUUAAUGUCACCGGCGAAAUACGUCAGGGUUUGGUCCGAUGCCGGUGAUCUUGGAGGAACUGAGCUGACCCUAGCUUUGCCCGGCACUCCCACAAAUGAAUCAAAGCCCGGAAACAAACGUAAAUUCCUCGAAACCGUUGAUUUCAAACUCAGGGAAGGACAAGUGAAUAAUCACAUCUCAAGCAUGAUCACCACUAAGUACUACGUCACAGACCAGUUGGUGGGGUGGCCGCCUGUAGCGACGGCAAGGAAAACAGUGAAGACGACGACGGUGAUCAGGCGGAAAUACGUGAAAGUGGCAGUGGAUGGUGCGGCUUAUCUGAGAAAAGUCGAUCUUGAGAUGUACGGUUGCUACGGACAACUUUUCACCGCACUAGAAAACAUGUUUCAGGGGAUAAUCACAAUAUCAGGUAAAGUGACGACAGAGUCCGCGGAGAGGAAGGGAGAGUUUGUGGCUACUUACGAGGAUAAGGACGGUGACUGGAUGUUAGUCGGAGAUGUGCCGUGGAUGAUGUUUGUAGAAUCGUGCAAACGUAUGAGGUUGAUGAAAAGAUAGAAUGGCCUGCCAGUCACCUUUUCUUGUAUAAUUUAAUUAUUAGGAGCAUUCACAGACAAAAAAAAAAAAAAAAAAA